AUGCAUGCAGGCGUUCGCGUUUCCAAACGUUUUAUGAUGCCCUUACAUCACCUUCAGACCCAAGAGACCAAUGUUACCUCUAGUUCUGGCAACCCUUCUGGUUUUUCCCCUCAUCCCUAUUCCCCAGGUGAACACUUCUGUAUGGGAGCAUAUUCUCGAAUACUGGCCCAGCAAGCUGAGAAGGAGGGUGUAAAUGAGAAGAAUCAUUCGACUCUGGCUGGAGAUGGAGAAAUCUCAAAUACCAGAAGUGGUUCUGUUGUUGGCAACGAUUCUCCUCUUGUACAGCUCAGCGCCACUCGAAGCCGAUGCCAUCACUUCUCGGGCCACAUUACUCCUAGGCCUGAUCGGCCUACAAGCAAAAAUCAAGACGAUCGAGUUGUGCACCUAAACUUCCCAGCGACCAUUCACAGAAUACUAACCGACAAUGGCGAUGACGAUAGUAUGGACCAUGACAAGGAUAACACGUUGGAAUUGGUUCGGAUAACCUAG